CCUCCCCUGCCAUGCCCUCGCGGGGCCGCGGCGGCGCUGUCUGGCCAGCCUUCCCUUCUCUCCUCCUCCGGUUUCCUCCGCUCUCUUUCAGCCGCGGGCGGGUGGAGGCGAGGGGGGCAACCGGGCCGCAGCGCCCGGGGAGGGGAGAGGCCGGGCGAGGAUGGCGUCGUGCGUGGGGAGCCGGACCCUGAGCAAGGACGAUGUGAACUACCGCCUGCACUUCCGCAUGAUCAACGAGCAGCAGGUGGAGGACAUCACGCUGGAGUUCUUCUACCGGCCUCACACCAUCACCCUGCUCAGCUUCACCAUCCUCAGCCUCAUGGCCUUCGCCUUCACCAGGGAUGAUUCUACCCCAGAAGAUAAUAUUUGGAAAGGCAUCCUCUCUGUGAUUUUCUUCUUUCUAAUAAUCAGUGUAUUAGCUUUUCCAAAUGGGCCUUUUACUCGCCCACACCCUGCAAUAUGGCGCAUGGUUUUUGGUUUGAGUGUUCUCUAUUUUCUGUUUCUGGUAUUCCUGCUAUUUCUGAACUUUGAGCAGGUAAAAUCUGUGAUGUACUGGCUGGACCCCAAUCUCCGAUAUGCCACAAGAGAAGCGGAUAUCAUGGAGUAUGCUGUGAACUGCCAUGUUAUCACUUGGGAGCGGAUCCUGAGCCAUUUGGAUAUAUUUGCUUUUGGGCAUUUCUGGGGCUGGGCAAUGAAAGCAUUGUUGAUCCGUAGCUAUGGGCUUUGUUGGACUAUUAGCAUCACCUGGGAGCUCACAGAGCUGUUCUUCAUGCAUCUGCUGCCUAAUUUUGCUGAAUGCUGGUGGGAUCAAGUCAUUUUGGACAUCCUGCUAUGUAACGGGGGUGGCAUCUGGUUGGGCAUGGUAGUUUGUCGUUUCUUGGAGAUGAGGACCUAUCACUGGGCCAGCUUCAAGGAUAUCCACACAACCACAGGUAAAAUCAAAAGAGCCGUAUUACAAUUCACUCCGGCAAGCUGGACCUAUGUUCGCUGGUUUGAUCCCAAGUCUUCGUUUCAAAGAGUGGCUGGAGUAUAUCUUUUCAUGAUUAUCUGGCAGCUGACUGAAUUGAACACGUUUUUCUUGAAACACAUCUUUGUUUUCCAAGCAAGCCACCCUUUAAGCUGGGGUAGAAUCCUCUUCAUUGGAAUUAUCACAGCACCCACUGUGAGACAAUACUAUGCCUACCUCACAGACACACAGUGCAAGAGGGUAGGAACUCAGUGCUGGGUAUUUGGGGUAAUCGGUUUCCUUGAAGCGAUUGUCUGCAUCAAGUUUGGUCAAGAUCUCUUCUCUAAAACACAAAUAUUAUAUGUCAUAUUUUGGCUCAUCUGUGUGGCUAUUACAACCUUCCUGUGUUUAUAUGGAAUGGUUUGGUAUGCAGACCGCUAUGGACAGCGAGAAAAGACUUUGUCGGAAAGCGAAGACAGCUCAUACAUCCCAGAUGCUUCCUGGCUAAACUCUAAGUUCACUAGAGGAAUGGAAGACAGUCCACCUAAGCACUCUGGCAACAGUGAGGGCCAUUCGUCUAGGAGGAGGAAUCGUCAUUCAAAAACAAAAGUGACCAAUGGGAUUGGCAAGAGAUAGAAUGACAGUUUCUAGAUUUGUUCCGGAAGUGUGCCUGAGAGCAAAGAAAACUCAGCCGAGCCUGGUUCUGAUUACCCUACUUGAAGGUUGACAAGAGACGAGGAGGAGAUGGAAAGGGUAUGACAUCUUCAGCAACCAGAGGCCUAGAACCUUGUUUAAGAUGGAGCUCACCUGUGUAUUGCAAAUCAUUAGCUGCUGUCACUUUGCCGUUCACCAGAUUAAAUUUAACCUCUUCUGCACUUGACACUCAAGACAGAAACAAGACAAAAGAUAGUUGCUUGCUCCUGAAGGGUUUGUGUGCUAAUCUUUGUUCAGGUAGUGCAAAUGCCUUCUUUGAAGGCCCUUCUUUAGUUGAGGAUGAUAACCCAAAAUGAACAGGCAGCCACUGGGGUUGGCUCAGUUGCUUUUGUGAUGGGUUCUCAAAAACUCUGUUUCAUAUCUUCUUUUGUUGUUGUUGAGCAGGAUGUUUUGGUUGAAAGAUGCUCUGCCCCUGUUCUCAAUCAGUCAGCUGAACCUUUCUGCACUUUGCUUUAAAAAAAAAAUGAAACAAUCAGCAGACUGUCAUAAAGUAUUGGAGCAUGUGCCGGUGGGUUUAUACGGUUAACAGUACCUUUUCUAACUGAACCAAAUGUUCAUCGUGUUCCAUCUCAGAUGCUCAUGAAAUUCUAUUGUAUAAUAAGAGCAGUGUCUGCCAUUCCACAGACGCAUACAUAGCUUCAUUUACCCAUAUGGCUACUCCUUAAAAAAAAAAAAUUGCCAGCAUCUCCAGGUUUUUUUUUAAUGUUUUCUCAUCUGAUCAGCUACACCAUGCUUUUCAGACAGAUUCCUCUUGAUAGGCCAACAGCAACAAAAUUAUUCCCGUUUUAAAGGGAAGGUUUUGCGGAAACCUAAGACAGCAGUUUAUUGGGCAAUGUGUUAGAGGGCUCUCCUUUUUGUUGUUGUUGUUUUUUAAAGUAUAAUCAUUUAUACAAGCUCAUUCUGCCUAUUUUUGGCUGUCUUACUGGCUUAGUUUAACAGUACUGUCCCCCUGUCUCUUUAAGAAGAAUAAUCGAACAGUAUUUCAUUGUGAGGUUCACCCAAACUGGGUAAUUCCCAAGAAAACAAUCAGACUAAUAAUUUAAGUCAUGUCUGUUAUUUAGCUCGUAUUUAGCAUAGAUUCCUUCCCCCACACCUAGCUGGUGUGUCUGUCUGGCAGCUGUGUGGUCGGGUUAGGUAGGAAUCCACAUCUGUAUGGUACAAUAUCAUUGUUCUUCACCUGGGAAGUGCCACAUGGUGUGCUUUGCUGCCAGAUACGUACCACAAUAUAAUGAAAUAUUGUGGAAGUCCACAGGUGAAGUGCUGUAAAUAGAGAGAGCACAGCAUUCCAUGAUUCCUCAUGUGCCACAGAGGAUCAGCUUUUGGAAUGCCCUCUCUGCCGCUAUUAAGGUUCUCUUUUAUUUGGUGUUUUUCAUUCAUCACCAGUGUGCAAACUCUUUCACCCAAAGCUGCUGAUAUCUAUAUUCUAUUUGCUGCAUCUGUGCUAAAUGUUUCAUGGGAGAAAAUAUGUAUCUUCAAAGAUUUUUUUUUAUAACAAACAUUGGUUUCUUGUUUAUAUUCUUCAUAUAUUGUUGUUACCUCUUGGAAUUCUUAGCAUGUUAAACCACUCUUGAAUGUAUUUGUUUCAAACUCUGAAUUCCCUUAUGGGUCAGUUGCUAUGAGAUAAGCCAGUGGCUUGGAUCCAGAGAUCUCAGUGGUAGGUGCUGAUUUUCCCCACCCCCUAGCAGUCCCUUCCAAGCCCUGGGAAGAUGAUUUAUUGGGGGGGUCACAGGACUUACAUGGACAGAUAGCUGCAUUGGUCUGGGUGGGAUGCUGUGAGAAGGAUGUGGGGACAAAAUCAUCCAUCUUCCACAAGCAGAGCUUUGCUUGCAGAAGAGGGAGGAAAAGGGACUGCUGGUGGGACUGGAACAUGUCAGAAGCUUACAUUUCACAGAUUAAUGGAUCCAAGCCACUGUAAUUUUUCUUUUGUUCAAGACCAAAAUCAGAAGAUGUUGAUAUCCUUGUGAACAUUUCAUGCUGUUCACUUCAGUGCUAUCACCCACAUUCCCUAAAGAGCUUAUUGACAAAGCCCAAAGCGUGCCGAAGAUCUCACUUGAUUCAUUACAGAUGGAGAUCUAGGUAUAUACAUAGGAGUUUCAUAAACAAAAGCCACAUUUGUCAAUAGAAAGUAGUGUUUAUGUAUACAGUUUAUGUAUACAGUUAUAUCAUGCGCAGAAUGUGCAUGCAGACCUUU